AUCCUUCUUACCCACCCCAGACCCAUCAAGUUUCCAAUCUGCCAGACACCCUCACAGACAGAACAUAAUCAUCUAUCUGCAUAAGCAAGCAGAACCAGCCAUAAUUCCUCAAUCGAAAGAGACGUAAAGAAUCCAUCCUACCCUUAAAAGACAACUUCGACAUGGUCUUAAUCUACUUUGGGAAGAAGGCUUACCGGGCCAUGAAGGGCUCGGGCAAGACACAAACAAAACCAGCCACAAAGCCAGAGGGGACAGGAGCACCAGCAAGCGAUGGCACGAGUUACCAAGACAAGAACGGCCAAACGCCAUUGGAAAGGACUACAAGCACGCCGACAAGCACGCCGACUUGUAGUCACCAAUUCAAUUCGACCUCUGGACCCUGCCCGACAUGCAAGUCUGAGCGCAAGGCACAAUUACAGUACAGAGUCAAGCUCUUUGCUGGCCUCGUUCUCCCCUUUGUAGUCCAAGCCUUGGACGUAACAAUCGUCGCAAGUGCCUUGCCCUGGAUUGCAGCCGACUUCCACGAGACUCGCCAGCUCAACUGGAUCAUCGCAGCCUUCAACCUCACAUCGGCCGCCUUCAUCCCCUUCUGGGGCCAGGUCGCCGACAUCUUUGGACGCCACGUCUCGAUACAGACCUGUUUGGUGCUGAUGCUCGUCGGCAGCGCGCUGUGCACCGGCGCACCGACGGAUGCCUUCCCCGUCCUCCUGCUCGGCCGCGGAUUCCAAGGCUUGGCGUGUGCUGGUCUGAACGUCCUCGUCCGCAUCGUCAUCGCCGACAAGGUAACCUUGCGCGAGAACGCCAAGAACUGGGCAAUCUUCUCCUUCUUGGGAGGUGUCUUGGGAUGGGGGCUGGGUCCUGUAUUGGGAGGAUACAUCACGAGCGGUUCUUCCUGGAGAUGGUGCUUCGGUAUUAACCUGCCCAUCGCCUUCGUCAGCAUGUUCAUCCUCUACUUCGUCCUUCGUUCCGAACUCCUCGGGCCGCAGCCCAUCCCCCAGCUCGACGAGACAACCGAAACGGGCCGCCGCACAACAUUCAAAAAGCGUCUCCAGACAAUCGACGUCGGAGGCCAGCUCCUCUUCCUAUUCGGCUUCGGUCUUAUCGUCCUCGGCUUGACCUGGGCCGGCGCCACAUACUCGUGGAGUAGCCCCGCCGUUCUCGUGACGCUUAUCUUGGGUGUCGUUAUCAGCAUCCUUUUCGUCGUCUGGGAGUACCACAUGUCCCCAGGCAAGGCCCUGGCCCGCCGCUUCCCGUGGCAAAAGGCCAUGAUCCCCUGGGAGUUGGUCCGCAAUAGGGAUAUUGGCCUCUUGUUCUACACCUCUUUCGCGACGGGUAUGGCCAUGUACUCUGUGCUGUACUUUUGCAACAUCUACUUCACAAUGGUGAAGCUUUGGUCGGCGGACCAGUCUGGUGUGCAGCUGCUGUACUUUACCCCGGGCUUGGCAGUUGGUGUCUACGCCUCGGCGUUCAUGUGCAACGGCUGGCCGCGCAAGACGUUUCCCCCAAUCUUUCUCGGUUCGAUUCUCGAGAUGGUCGGCAUCGGCUUGCUGGCGUGGGCACUCUGGACAGAACACCUCCCUACCAUAUACGGGAUGAUGGCUCUCACCGGCGUCGGAACAGGUCUCCGUAUCAUGCCCGUCCCUCUCCACGGCGUCGGCUACUUCCCCAAGAAGAUCGCAGCCGUCAUUUCUCUCAUGGCAGUCGCGUACCCCUUUGGCGGAACGUUGGGCCUGACCAUCAUGACGACCGUGUUCAACAACGCCUCGGGCAUCAGCGAGGACUCACCCCUGAGGGACUUUGAGGCCCUUAGCCGCCUGCCCGCCGCCACGCAGCAGCAGGUCACCCAUGACGCCAAGAUGGGUGUCGUCUGGGCAUUUGUCGCCAUCUGUCCCUUCAUGGUCCUUUGCACGAUAUCGGCCUCAUUCCUGGGCAACGUCUUCAUUAGCAAGGUCGAGGAGGGCGAGAAUGAGAGGCAAAACGAGAUCUACGAGGGCGUCUACUUGAUCAGCUAUUUCCGCAAGCGAGGUACCGCCAAGAAUGUUAGGAGAGAGCAUUUGUCGGGCGGAGAGUCGAAUUUGGAGUAGGUUGGAAGUGAUUUGCGUGGGCUAAGUAGAAGGACUUUUAGUUAACUUUUUCUUUGGUUUUCUCAGGUUACAAGAGUUGAUGAUCUCGUCUAGGCGUAGUGAUAUUUGACAGGAUAGCGUUGCUACAUCAAUUCAGCGGUCUCUAGUUAUUUCUUUUUAAAUAGGCUGAUUUCAAAGGGAACAAGAUUAAACCAAUAGAGAAUCACAGAAGUGUUGGGAUGAUGCACAGAGUUAAGAUUCGUACCAUGACACUGGGUAGUCAUCGUCUCUGUGAAUAAAGUCUACUCAAUAUAUUCCACAUCAAUACCAUCAACAGACUUGACGCCGGCCAGUGGCGAAGAGAAACAAGGAAAAAACCAAACAACCCUU